ACGAUUGCGACUGCGACGACGGCGACGGCCGGCUCACUCAUACACGAGACCGGUCGCCGGUUCGUCGAUUGUCACCCGCGGCGCGUGUGCGUCCGUUUUCACCGUCCGUCGGCCCGCUAAACACGCGCGUUUCACCGCAAAAACUUUUCAGUAACGAUUUUAUUGUCCGUCGAACACUUUGCCACACGAUAACUAGUGCCAUAUACUAGUCGUAGACGCCUGCGACAAAAGUCAGUAUAUUAUAUUGUAAACAUCUCGUACGGUCAAUAAUAUAUCGUAUAUUAUAUUUUUAAUAAUAAACAUAUUAGGUAUACCUACCUAUUGCAAAAACGACGACGACUUACUGAUUACCACAAAACGUCGAUGAACGUACGAAACAAUGAUAAUAGCGCAAUAAUAUAAUUAUUAUGACACGGUAGCUUGCCGACAGUGUUAUUUUAACUCCAUUCGCGCGGUCUCGUCGUUCGCGAUAAACUCGUUCGACUGUCGUCGUCGUCGUCGCUCGCGUUCAAACCGUUUACCACGACCGCAGUUCGGUUCGGCGACUACGACUAUUGUAUACCGUGACCGCGGUAUACUACUAGGAAGAGUAGGAACAGAGUAGGACCGUUGCAGACGUCGCGUUUCGGCGCUUAGGUAUUAUAUGGUGCCGGCGAUGGAACAGAACUUUACUCUGCGGCCGUGCGCCACGGACUUUUCGGUGGCCGCCAUACUGGCGCGGCGCGACCAGGGCGCAGUGGCCGCGGCCGCGGCCGUAGCAGCGGCCGCCGCGAUCGCGGGCAAGCGGCCGGCCUCGGCCACCGCAACGGCGGCCGCAGCCGCCGCCGCCGCCGACGAACAGUCGUCGUCGUCUUCGCUGUCCACGCCGUCGCCGCCGGACGACGACGGUGACGACAGGGACCUGCAGCAGCGCCGUCACCACGUGCACCACCAUCACAAUCACCACCGCCGGCGUCACCAUCAAACCGUUGCCGCCGCCGCCACUGAUGACGACGAAGACGGAAAACCGCUGAGAAAACGGCGUCUGAGCAGCGACACGAUGGUCACGAUCCGGUCGUCCCGGGACUCGCCGGCCGACGAGAUAGUGAUAUCGUCGUCUACGUCUAGCCCGCCACCUCCUUCGGCCGUGGCGGCCACCGCGCCUGCGAAUCCUGUGCUCGAGGAACGGUGUAACUCGGAAGAGCUGCAGCACGUCAGCUGCCGGCUGGAGACCAAAGAUCUGUGGGACAAGUUCAACGAGCUUGGUACCGAGAUGAUCAUCACAAAAACGGGCAGGAGGAUGUUCCCGACCGUCCGGGUGUCGUUCACGGGGUUGCGGACAGACCAGCGGUACGCCGUGCUCAUGGACAUCGUGCCGGUGGACAACAAGCGUUACCGUUACGCGUACCACCGGUCUUCGUGGCUGGUGGCUGGCAAGGCAGACCCACCCGCCCCUCACAGGCUGUACACACACCCCGACUCGCCGUUCACUGGCGAUCAGCUGCGCAAGCAGGUCGUGUCAUUCGAGAAGGUCAAGCUCACCAACAACGAAAUGGACAAGCACGGACACCUGGUGUUGAACUCGAUGCACAAGUACCAGCCGCGCAUACACUUGGUGAAGAGAAACGGCGAGUCGACCGUCGGACAUUCCGUCGUGGACUUAGAAUCCGAAGAGUACAAGACGUUCGUGUAUCCGGAAACAACGUUCACGGCUGUCACUGCUUACCAGAACCAAUUGAUAACCAAGUUGAAAAUCGACAGCAAUCCGUUUGCCAAAGGUUUCCGGGAUUCGUCGAGGCUGACCGAAUUCGAAAGGGAAACGAUGGAGUCGAUGUUGAGCGAGCACCACAUGCUCAGGACGCCGUUGUUGGACCCGGGCGGCGGUCUCAGUCAGCUGACGGCCGAAGAGCGGGCCGUGCUGGCGGCCAGGUCACAGCUGUUCCUGAGGGCGGCCGCAGCCGCGGCCGCCGUGAGCGGCCCGUACGGUCCGCUGUGCGGCAUAUACAACGCGGCCGCGGCGGCCGGCGGCCAACACCUGUGGAACCAGUGGGCGUCGAUGCAGGGCCCGGCCGGCCUCUACCAGCAGUUGGCCGCGGCCGGCGGCGGCGGUCCCAACGCCAUGGCCGCCGCCGCAGCCGCCGCAGCCGCCGCCGCUCACCAGCACCAGCAGCAACAGCAGCAGCAUCACCACCAUCAGCAGCAGCAACAGCAGCAUCACCACCAUCAGCAGCAGCAACAGCAGCAGCAACAGCAACAGCACCACCAGAACCUGUACCAACAACACCAGGCGGCGGCCGCGGCCGCCAACGGAUUUAGGUUUUCGCCGUACUUGGUGACGCCGCCGCAACUGUCGUCGGUACCGGCCGCGAUCCGGUCGCCGUCGCCGUCCUCGCCGGACACGGCUUGUUCGUCGGACCGUUCGCCCCACGGCGGCGGCGGCGGCCACCGGACGACGCCGCACUAGUGGCCGCGCUCGGAAGCCGCGUAGACCGGAAACGAUUCGUGUAUUAUAUACUUUUUGUUAACCUUUUUACGAUAAUAAAAUAUAAUAUUAUAUAAUGUGUAUAUCUGUAGAACGGUAAACGGUAAAACAAAAUCCGAAUAUACGUAAACGUCCGAGAAAUUUGAAUUUAAUUCGUGUUCUUCGUUUUUGCCGUCGGAUUUUAUAUUCGCCGUUUAUUUGGAUUUGUUUUUCCUAAUAUCCGCUGUCGGACUUCCGAGUCGCGGGUGUCUGCUGCGAUGUGUAUAGAACAAUAUAUUAUUACGUGUACACUGUACAGCGCUUUCCGUCUUUCGGUUUUAGCGCGAUGACGACCCGGAUUUCCGAUUUGUUCGGAACUCGCGGGUCCAGUUGAGGUCUCGUCGAUGUCGUAGUUGUGGUACGAUGCGAAACCGGUGCUGAUGACGGAAAACGCUUAGAGUUUCUUUUUUUUCUUUUUCAUUUUUCAUUUCAUUUUUAACGUUAUUAUUAUUACUAUUAUAUAUAUAUAUACAUCACCAUGUCGAAUAUGUGACUCGAUAUGUCGUUGUAUUAUUCGUUUUAUUAAUUAUUAAUUAUUAUAAUUAUUAUUAUUAUUAUUAUUAUUAUCAUUAUUAUUACAUAUUUUCGAAUGUUCGCCGCUGUCGGUAUUUUAAACGACAUACCGUGAUGUCGUGCUUGAGAUAAUAUUAUUAAUAUUAUUAUUGUCGUACGUGUCGAAUCGUUCAACAAUUAUACCUACCUAUAAUAUACAUUAUUAUUAUUAUUGAAUAUUAUUAUGUUAUUAUCAUCAUUAUUAAAAUUAUUAUGUUUUACUCGCACCAGCGUUUCGCGUUUCCACCGCCAAAAGAUUAAAAUAUAUUAUAUGUGCUUGUGUCUGUCUAUACCUAUUAUUAUGUAAGUACGUCAUAUUAUAAUAAUUAUCGAAAAAAUUACAAUAAUAUAUUAUCUGUAUAAUAAUCCGUAAUAUAUAUUUUAUGUAAUAUGUUUACAAAUAAAGCGAUGCGAUUAUAUAAUGAUUA